UACCAGAACUCGCGAUCGCCUGGACUAAAAAUAGAAAUGAACAUGGCUGGGGACAGCCAGCAUCUGCUUUCAAACAGCUCUGAUGCAUUAUUUGAAAAUGAAUAUGAAAAAGAGCAGUUUCUCCAACAAGAUAUCGGGAUUUCAACAGCUGAGGCACUGGAUGAAUCAAUGCCGAUACAAGAUACCCCAGAUGAAUCUGUUCCACUGCCGCCGGAUAAGAAAUACCAUUUGUUUAUAUCCUACAGUUCGGAGGAUAGGGACGAUGCAAUCAAGAUAUGUGAUCAUAUGGAACAAAGAUUUCACAUGAAAUGUAUGAAUUUCGAGCGUGAUUUCGUUCCUGGAAAACAUAUUGAUGAUAACAUCGCGGAUGAAAUGCGGAGCAGUGUCAAAGUUCUCAUAAUUUUAAGUCCGAAUUAUAUAAAAAGCCACUGGUGCGUUCAGGAGGCACGGGAGGCCUGCGAGUUAUCGUUCACAGAUUUAUCAAACUUAAAUGUAAUCCCAUUGAUGCUUCGGCCACUGGAUGAUAAAUUACCUCCGUUUUUGAAGUCCUUGGUUUAUAUCGAUGCACAGAGAGAGCUUGAUGUACCUGCAAAGAUACACGAAGCGUUUGUGCACUCAGGUUCCAUUGAUCCUUUAUUCAGAAGUGGUGAAAUGGCUUUAAAUGCAAAUAAUGGAGCGUUUCUUUGUCAAAAGUUUGCUUCAAAAGCAAACUUUUGGGAGCAUGGUUUUGCCUACCGGUUUCCGCCCCUGGAGGAGCAUGAAAAAGAGAAAUUCGCUUCCUUUGAUCUCGAUCCUAUAGAGUGUGCCAAACAUUACGAUUUCCUUAUAAAGGAUUUGAAUGACGGUGUUCUUAUUCGGAAAUAUCCAUUAUUUGUUUCUAAAUGGCGCUUUCUAUUGGUGUGUGUGAUGUUUCUGACAACCACGUGCUUCUUUGCUGGAUUGGGUUUCAUCGCUCUCAGCACGGGCGGUAACCUCGGAUUCACUGUCUUCGUAAUAAUAACCAUUGUCGGCGUCGUUGUUGUCAUUUUGAUCUGCCCGUGUUCCCUUUGCUGUUUGUAUAUCUGUCGACGAAGCCUUUCCUCAUCAAUUCACCCCGUGCUACUCCGUCUCAACGUAGAGUUCUAUACGACGAGUAAAUGCUUGAUUUUCUUUGAUAACAGUUCUGUUUCCAAACCCUCUCUCAACAUCUUUAAGUAUGAUGCCUCAGAGUGUCGGAAAUAUAUUUGUCUUCUGCUAGAGAAAACGAGACCGGCCUUAAGUGAAGAAGAGAUCAAGAAAACUACGGAUGGUUUGUUUAAUGAAAAAUUGAGGGACUUGCAGCUGACCAAUGGCCUGAUUAAUUGGACAUCCUUGCCAGAGAGCGCCUCCAAACGUCACAACACUAGGAACUUCAGAGCUUGUCUGUGUGAAAUGGUGGAAGAUAUUCUUAAUUCAGAGAGAAGAGAUAUACAUCGGGGAAUCAUCGAGGUCUGAAUAGAGUGGACACCAGAAUCAUUAACAGUCACUAGAAGAAUCUUAAUGAGUUUUAAUGUGAAGUUGAUUUUUGAUAUGUAGCAAACACAAACACCAUUUCCUCCAAAGGUUAGGAAACAGGUUACCUAGACUGCUUGCAAUGUGAAAAAAAAAAAAAAAAGCUUUUAUUUAUAUUUUGGAUGCUUUGGAAUUUUAAUGUAACUGUUAUCAAUUCAAAAUUAGGUUUAUGUACAGUUAUAUUUUGAUUUUAGAAAAUAUAAAUCAUAUAUUCUAAAGAAAAAAUGCCGACUUUUAAAAUUUGAAAGGUAUCAGGAUAUGGGGCUCACGGCGGGUGUGACCGGUCAACAGGGGAUGCUUACUCCUCCUAGGCACCUGAUCCCACCUCUGGUGUGUCCAGGGGUCCGUGUUUGCCCAACUAUCUAUUUUGUAUUGCUUGUAGGAGUUAUGAGAUUGAUCACUGUUCGUUAUCUUCACCUUGCAUACAAUAUUCUACUUACAUAUUACAUACAAUCAUCAAACUUUUAACAUACUUAAAUUAUAUGAGGCAAUAGUAAUAAAUUACAUAUUUAUGUCCCCUUCAAAGAAGAGGUGCAUAUUGCUUUGCACCUUUUGGUCGGUUGGUAGACCACACAUGUUGCCCAUUUAAUAUCCUGAGAACCAGUCAUUUGAUCAUAAUGAUAGUAGGUUGGUUAUAGGUAGAAGACCCCCAUUGAUUUUCGCGUCAAAACAUCAAGGGUCCAUCCUCUCUGGACAUAGGAAAGAUACUUUCCACUCAAUAUCUUGAGAAUGCUUUAUUUGAUAUACAUCAAACUUGGUACAUUGAAAAGAGGCAUUGACCUUAUUGAUUUUGAGGUCACAUAGUCAAAGGUGAAGGGCCAGUCUACUCUGGACAUAGGAAGAUAUUGUAUGCUCAAUAUCUGUAGAACCCUUUGCUUGACAGACAUCAAACUUGGUACAUCAUAAGGAGUAGAUGACUCCUAUUGAUUUCGGGUGCACAUGGUCAAAGGUCAAGGAUCACACUGGACAUAGUAAUAUAUUGUUUCCUAUGUUUUAAGAAUAAUUUGAUUGAUUGACACCAAACUUUGUACACUGGUAAUCCUUAGGAGUAGAUUACCCCUAUUAAUUUUUAGGUCACAUGGUCAAAGCAGGGUCAAUCCCCCAUGGACAUAGGAAGAUAUUUUCUGCUUAAUAUCUUGAAUUGUUUUGUCACUACUAUCAAUUAAAUGAUGCAUGUGUUUAACCCGUUUCGCUUUUGCACCAUGGGAAUAUAAAUUUUACAAACUUUUCUUGUUAGAUAUGUAUCCUAUGUACAUGUAGUACUGUAACUAAGCUGUACAUCCUUUUCUUUUGAGUACGAAUAUCGGAUUUAAAACAAGUCGUAUUUUGACUACAAUUACAUUAUAAUACGUUC